UUUAUAACACAAACGGUAGCUCUAAUUUGGAAAAUAAUAAAAUAACAAAAACAAACAGGACUCUACCCCCCCGGCUUCGUUUUCCAGUUUUCCUGCCUCAGCACAAUCAGCUUCCUUUUGAAAUCCCCGGCUGUUUUAUCGAAGCAAAGGAAAUCAGUUUUCUUCCCGGCUAAUCUGCCUAUUCAAGGUAUACGCAUUAGAGAGGGAGAUCCGAUCGUUAAGGAUAGAAGGGACUCGCUUCACAUGGCUUAAUCUGUACCAAGGGCUUCUACAGAUUGGAUAUUCGUUAAGCAAGAAUAUGGCUUCUGAUCCGAAACAACCUUUUCUUUGCCUAAAAUGGCCAUGGAAUGUUGAUCAACAUCCUAGAACUCCAAAUGCUUGUACAUAUGAGGGUCCGUGGCUUUUCAAGACUUUAAAAAAUCUGGGAUCCAUUGCUAUGAAUUCCUUUAACUCAUUUGCUGGAUCCUCACAUUUGUGGAUCACUAACUUCAAUUCCUUCCAGCUGACUGCUGGAAGCAGUCCAAAUUAUAAUUUUAAGUUGAACAAAAAGAUGUUGACUCCUGAUGAGCAAGGGGAGGCAGAGCAGAGAGCAUUUGCAGCAGCACUUGCAAGCGGGAAAGAGGCUACAGUGAUAGAGUUCUACUCACCAAAGUGUAGGCUGUGCAAUUCAUUGGUUAACUUUGUAAUGGAGGUGGAGGGUAGGAAUUUGGGCUGGCUCAACGUUGUCAUGGCAGAUGCAGAGAAUGAGAAAUGGCUGCCUGAGCUUCUCCAUUAUGACAUCACUUACGUACCUUGCUUUGUAUUGUUGGACAAAAAAGGGAAGGCAUUGGCAAAAACAGGUGUUCCAAGCAGUCGGCUACAUGUAGUCGCAGGGCUUUCUCAUGUUCUCAAGCUGAAGCGUCCCACCGAGAUAGUAGGCUGUGGAAUCAGUUGUUUAUUUGUUGAACUCUUAGUGCACGUCAGUGAUCCAGCGUGGAAGAGAAGAGCAUGUGCAUCUUUAUGAGAAUGCAGGAUCCAACAUAGAGAAAAUGUGUUACCAGGACAAUUUCAAUUUCGUUUGAAGAGAAAAAAGCAUUUCAUAAGUUUAAAUUAGUUGGAAAAAUAAUAACAAGAGUUUCAUUAUGUCUGGAUUGAGAGAAAUGGAGGAAAAGGAAGGUCAGUAACACUUCUUGUUCUCUUCUAAGAAAAUAAUACAUCUUAUUUAGAGACUGGUGACUUAGAAUUAAUUAAGAAAUUUCUCACAGAAAAUUUUUGAAGUGUUUUUCUUUCUCUUCACUCGUCUCUUCAAAUUGGGGUGAACAAACUCAUCAUUUAUUUCUUGAUUGACUGGUUAAUACUUCCAUCUUUCUAUGGAGGUUAUGGGCUUAGUACGUUUCAAUGUAUUAUUGACAAUAAUUUAUGUCAUCAUUGUUGUACCCGUGAUAUUUUUAUUUUAAAAAAUUAGGAGUAAAUUAAACCAAACAAAAAAUAUUUUAUUACUUUUACAUUAGUCAAGGUUAGGUUAAAACUUAAUGAUUCUCUGAUUGAGUUGGGAGUGUUCAAAAUAAGAUUACACAAACAACCGUGAUUUUCUCAAAUUUCCAAAUAAUCAUUUUACUUUUUUAUUGCAUGAGGAUUAAAUAAACAAAGAGGCAUGUCCUGGUGAGACUGUUUGAUCUCCUUAAAUCCCUAAAUAAUUGACCAUUAAUCUUGUAUCAUUAUGAAAAUCAAAAUGAUCAAAUCUAUAGCAUGAAAUUUUAAUAUUUGUUUUUUAAACAUCAAAAUGUGGCUUAGAGUAAGAAUCUUACAUAAACAUCUUUUAUGUUGUCCGCAUUAAAUUUUGUUCUGCAGGUAUCAGAGCUAGGUUAAAUAAUUUUUUUUUUCAUUAUUCCAUAGUAAAGAAAAUAGGUAGCCGUUGGGUUUUUUCUUUCUUUUUUUUUUUGACAAAAGUGGGAAAAAAAUAAUGCAUUCUUGAAAAUGUUGAGGACCCUUCAUGUUUCAGUAUUCCAUGCAGUAUUUUAACAAUGAUCAAUUAUCCAUACACAAAAUCAAAUUCAUUAAUGUUAUUUAAUGGAAUUUACAUAAUAAUGAUGCCAUGCAAUAUUUUUAACUUUUAAAGGAAUAGAAAAUUUAGAGUGUAUUGAUCUUCAUAUCAUAGAAGAAAAAAAUACAUUAUUAUCUUGAAUAUUUCCUCUGAACAUAGUAUGUAUAGAUAGUGUUUUCCAACAAAAUUUCUGUUUUAUUCUACCAUAUUCGUAAAUGGAAAUAUUCCUCCUUCAUUCUCAGACAAAUCAGAUAGUUCUGUGAACAAAUUCUUUUUUAGUUGUCGCAUUUGAAAGAAGUUUAUUAUAGUAUUCCAUGGCUGGAGAAGGUUGUAAUUAUAUUUAUUCAGCUGAAUAGAUAUAUAUCCUGCUAUGCCAUUCAAUAUUGAUGAUCCAGAAUAUGCAUUGGUGGGUAAUUAGAAAAAAAAAAAAAAACUUUGAUCUUGGCU